AUGAAUUUAGAAAAUAGUAUGGCUAAUAUUUUAAAAGCCAAAUUGUUUACUUUGGAGAAAUCUUUUGAUAAUUUGAAACCCAAAAGAAGAACCAAACGCGCGUGGGAGACGUUGGGUUCUGGAAUAAAAUGGUUAGCUGGUAACCCUGACGCUGACGACGCAAAACGAUGGGAAAACGAAAUUUAUAAACUUAAGAUCAAGAAUAGGGAACUGAUAAGAAAUAACAACAUACAGCUAGAAACAAACAGGGUAUUUGAAGAUAAAAUAAAUGAGAUGGCUAAAAUCUUAAGAACUUCUGUUUCAAAAAUUUUAAAUUCCACUUUGGAAUCAUUGGAUAUAGUAAAUUUAAUUUUCAACAUUGAUUUAGUUAAAGACAAAAUUGAUAGUAUUACUGACGCUAUUGCAUUAGCAAAAUCUAACAUUGCUUCUAAGAACAUUUUUGAUGAAAAAGAAAUUUCAUAUAUUUUCGAUACAUUAAGUAAUCAGAAUCUAUCAAUCCCCUCCUUACAUAAUUCCCUAAACUACAUUAAACCAUCAGUAAAAUACAUCGCAAAUGAAAUCCACUACAUUGUCGAAAUUCCACAAGUUGAGGGAAACUUCAUAAGAAUCCAUCUAGAGCCACUCCCGGUCAACUCCAAAAUCAUCAAGGUAGACUUUGCAGAAAUACUUCUUCAAGAUCAGAAAACGUAUGCUAUUCAUGGGGAAUGCUUUAAUACGCUACAAAAUACAAUAUGCAAACAAGGGCAACUCGAAGACAUAAGCGAAAAUCAAUGUGUACCCGCAAUUGCUCGUGACAAACAGAGCAAUUGCGUCUUCAAGGAAGCAAAACGAACCUCAGAAAUAAAAGUCAUACAAGCGGGGACAAUCAUCAUCAAGGACACGAAACCAAUGAAAUUAAUUAACUCGUGUGGUGCAGCGAACCACACGGUGCAAGGACCCCUUCUUGUGGUCUUCAAGAAUUGUACAAUAUCGUUGAACAACGAAGUCUACGAAAAUACCGACUUCGUUUUCCAGGAACCUAUUGAAAUAUUCCCAUUUAUGGAGAAUAUAAUUCAACAGAGAAACAUCGAGCCGUUGAAAGAACUACAUGACAUACAAGACUUACAUGUUGAAAACAGGAAACAAAUGAAAGCGAUGCAAGACAACCAAGAAAUGAUUAACAAUUUCAUAAUUGGAACAGGAUUUACAACUACCACUAUUAUUAUUAUCCUCAUAGUAAUAAUGGCAGUCAUCAUAGUUCGUAGAAGGCUGUCAAAGGGACUUGCCAGCUUAACAAGGGAGGAGUUAGAACAGGUUCCCCAGUUAGAACAAGUUCCCCAACCAACCCUUCCCGAAACCCACAUUCCCUUAUUCCCAUAUUCCCCAAGUAAGAAGUAA